AUGAACUCGCUGAAAGUUCUUGGUCUAGCGCGCCCUGUCUAUAAUACUUUAGCAGUAAGGGAUAUAUCCUUUUUUAAGGCGUUUGCAUCGAACCCACUUGUGGGAAUACUCGGGCGGCUAAAUCAUGUAGCCAUUGCGACUCCAGAUUUGGAAAAGGCUUCCCAGUUCUACAAGAAUCUUGGGGCUAAAGUUAGCGAAGCUGUGCCUCAAAAAGAGCACGGCGUGUAUACCGUCUUUGUCGAACUGCCAAAUGCUAAACUCGAACUGCUACAUCCUUUCGGAGAUAAAUCCCCCAUUCAGGGCUUCUUGGACAAAAAUAAGAAUGGCGGCAUGCACCACAUCUGCAUUGAAGUCAAAAAUAUUGCAAAAGCAAUGCAGACGGUGAAGUCUAAAAACAUCCGAACACUCGGGGAAAAACCAAAGAUUGGCGCUCACGGCAAAGACGUGAUUUUCCUUCAUCCAAAAGAUUGCGGUGGUGUAUUAAUUGAACUGGAACAGGAAUAA